CCUCACUCAGACUGAGGCACUCGGGGAGGUCGGCAUGAAUGCGAGCUGCGACUCUUCCUUCCUGUAGACCAGGCAGCAUGUGAACGUCAUGCGUGUGGACAUGUAUGCACUUUUUAACAGCUGACUGAAGCCCAAUGGGGUCUGGAGCGAGUCAGAGACAAGAUUCAGUUUCAGAAAACCACGUCUCAUCACAGCCCAACACUGAGACCGAUUCGUCCAACACUUCCUGCCACGCGCCUGUCAUCAUCGUCACGGCUCCGUCACGAGACGACAUCUUUGCCGUGCCGUCCAAAGUCACUAUAGCUGAUGCUGUGAAAGAGCGGCGGCCUGGCUCUACGCCUUUCGUAGUAGGGAGGAAAAUCACAACCAGACAGUAAUACAUCAUGAUGCAAUUUCCCUGCAGAUAUAUAUUUUUAAUUCCCAAACUGACACUCAUGGAAAGGAUUUAAAUGGCUGCAAACUCCGUGAAAGCUUUUUGUUGUCCUCCGUGUGGACACAAAACAAACUACAACGGCGCCAUGCUUGUUGGAAGUCCUACCUGACGUCUCUCUUCUCAUCUGAGCUGCAAAACCUUUUAAAAAUUCAGAGAAUGGACGCCGUCGGCGAGGAUGAACCGGACUCGAUAAAGCUGAAGUCCAUUAAAGACAAGAAAACCUUCACAGUGCCCCAGAAUGACAGGUUUGGAAGCUGCCGAAGUGUCAGGGAGUUUGAGAAACUCAACCGAAUAGGAGAAGGAACAUACGGCAUUGUGUACCGAGCCCGUGACACCAAGUCGGAUGAGAUAGUAGCUUUGAAGAAGGUCCGCAUGGACAACGAGAAGGAUGGGAUUCCCAUCAGCAGCCUGAGAGAGAUAACACUGCUGCUGAGGUUGAGACAUCCAAACAUCGUGGAGCUGAAAGAGGUGGUGGUGGGCAGCCAUCUGGAGAGUUUGUUUCUGGUGAUGAGUUACUGUGAACAGGACCUGGCCAGUCUGCUGGAAAACAUGCAGACGCCAUUCUCUGAAGCUCAGGUGAAGUGCAUCGUCCUUCAGCUGCUCAGAGGCUUGGAGUAUCUCCAUCACAGCUUCAUCAUACACAGGGACCUGAAGGUGUCUAAUCUGCUGAUGACCGACAAAGGCUGCGUUAAGAUCGCUGACUUUGGAUUGGCCAGGAUGUACGGGAUCCCCCAGCCGCCAAUGACCCCCAGAGUGGUCACACUGUGGUACCGCGCUCCAGAGCUCCUCCUGGGGACGAAGACUCAAACUACAGCUCUGGACAUGUGGGCAGUGGGCUGUAUCCUGGCCGAGCUGCUGGCCCACAAACCUCUGCUGCCCGGAACCUCAGAGAUCCAGCAGGUGGACCUGAUCGUGCAGCUGCUGGGGACGCCCAACGAGAACAUCUGGCCGGGCUUCUCUCAGCUGCCGCUCAUCGGUCAGUACAGCCUGAGGAAGCAGCCGUACAACAACCUGAAGAACAAGUUCACCUGGCUGUCUGAUGCUGGACACAGACUGCUCAACUUGCUCUUCAUGUACAACCCACAGCGCAGAGCGACCGCCAAAGAUUGUCUGGAGAGCUCCUACUUCAAAGAGAAACCUCUGCCCUGCGAGCCGGAGCUGAUGCCGACGUUCCCGCACCAUCGAAACAAGCGAGCCGUUGCUUCGGCGGAGAGCCAGCCGAAGAGGAGGAAGAGCAGCAAGGUCUGAGGAGGAUCAUUACUGCCCCCUGGUGGGGAGCUGCGGUGUCACACUGGAGGCGAAGUUCAGGGGGAGAAAAUAAGACUGCCAACGAUGCGUCACGCAGUUUUAAAGCCAACUUUGUUAGUGUUGACGUGAUCAGAACAAAAAGAGCCGAAGUGGGCUAAAUUAUCAAGUGUACAACAUAACAAGAUAGCUCUGUUUUGUUGCGCUUUCUUCACUUUUACCUGCUUCCUAAACACAAACGGGUACAUUUUGGGACAUUCUUCAGUGUUUAGAUCCAAUAUUUUUAAAUUCUUAAUUCACAUUAAAUUAGAACCUGGUUAAAGUGUUUCAUGGUAAUUAAAGAAAAUAUUUAAAGACGUCUUUUUAUUGUUUGUAUAAAGGCCUUUGUUUUUCUUCGUUGGUGAAUUCUGCCUCUAUAAUUAACAGUAGUGCUUUGAUAGGCACAGUGUAAAUUUAUGAUUAAAGUUUUACAGGUUGAAAAACCGCCGAGCAGUAAUGACUGGACUAAUACUAACCUUCUGGGUUGUGUCCUUUUGUGUUGCAUGUUUCAGUAAAAAUGUCAGUGUGAAUGGUCUCUGCUUCUUUAAAUAAUUAGAUCUUUGUUUUACCUAAACAUACCUUUUAUAAAUACUAUGUAAAUUAAAAACAUUUACAAAAACACUCAA